CCUUGCAUAAGAGUCUGUUCGCGAUGUGGUACAGCACAGGGGUUUCUCCCAUCUUUUGCAUUCUAUAAGCCCUCCCAUAUACUAUGUCUUCCAGUACAGAGCGAAGGAGCGAAAGCGCCGAUUCAAGGCGCACGCCCACUCCACCUCCCGUUGACGACAUGCCCCUCGCCGCUUUUUUCGCUCAAUUCGCAUCGUUCUCCUUCGACGAGAGACAGCCCUCAUACAAGAACUUCGGCCGCCUCGUCAAAGUCCUGAAAUGUGACGUCAAAGAUCCUCAGGGGCGCAUAGCACUAGCACGAGAGGGAUUCAAUGACGCGCUCGUUCAUGAAUUCAAUGUGCGUUUCGGAACUGAUAUAAACAACAUUUCGAACUGGCAGAAUUUGUACGGUGUGUUGAGGAUUGAUCCCAUUCCGAAUUCUGUCAAGAGGUGUCGCAAGUGCGUUUGGGAUAUACAUGUCAACCUUGUAGACCUGGUUGAUUCACAGAGGACUGGGAAGCCUGUGAAACUGUUUGCAUCCUUGGAAGACUUGAGAGCAUAUACUUUUCAGACGAGGAAAAUAUUUCCGAAGGAGACUCGUGCCUCUCAAGGCGGGUUACUGAAGGAGUUGCUAAGGGAGAUGACAAGCGCGUACUUCGGGAGGCGCGGGCCCGGGAACGGGAGUGCGAAGAAGAAAGAAAGAAAGAAGAAACAGAAGGCCGCAAGGGCAGCAGCGGGAGGUAAAUGAACGCGUGUUUAGUGGUGAAGACUGACUGGAGCUGUCCCUUUGAACUCGUUUCGCAACAUUCGCUUUCAUUAUGUUCUUUGUACCACUAGUAUGCGCACUAUGACCAGCUGUCAACAGUUUGUAAUUUAUCUCGCAGAUGAAAUGC